UUUAGGUCUCCGAUCUUGCUGCCUCUGACCAGGUCAAAGAGAGGAGAAGGUUUGGUCUAGUGUAUACAGUAUCAGAAUUGUUCUAUUUAAAUAGCUGAGAGAGAAAGAGUAAAUAUCUGUUGAAACAUUCGUAGUGUGAACCGUGUGGUCAGAUCAAAGUGCGUUUGUUCUUGUAGUAAAAUACACCCUCCCUACAUCGUGUCUGCAAUGUCAUCAAAGGCUCUCGUGUGGUUUCAACUUCUUUGUCAGACGAUACUGAUGACCGGCAGUGUCCUAUCGAUGGAGUCUAAUGCUACGGAGUUUGACUUUCUUAGACUGCAUCAAGUACUUCUAACAAAUUACAGCAGACACAUGCGCCCUCUGAGCAACCAGUCAGCUUCCAUCACUGUAUCGCUCAAGUUCGAUCUGUUAUCUGUCUCUGAUAUUGAUGAUGUUAAACAGAGGAUCUCUGUCUUGGCUGUUGUCAGUGUCCACUGGAAAGAUAAAAACUUAAUGUGGGAGCCACGACACUACGGAGGAUUGGAUCGCAUGUAUUUCAGUCAACAACAAAUCUGGGCGCCGACUGUGUACAUCGUGGAGUCUCAAACCAAGGGCCCCACUUUGUUCAACCUUCCCACAAACCACUUAGUCGCUCCAGACGGUACGGUUAUUUUUAGCUCUUCGGGAAUAUUGGAGACGUCGUGCAGCUUGGACAUGACGUACUUCCCCUACGACUACCAAUCCUGCAAAUUUGGCUUCGGGGUACUGGACUCCUCAAAACGGGACAUUAACCUAGUAUCAGACCCCAGAGGCCCGCAAAAGGCGUCAGCUUUUGUUCCUGAUGGAGAAUGGAAUAUCCAUGGGUUCUCAACAGCUGAGCACUCUUACGGAAGCAAAAACUACGAAUUUCAGACAUUGUAUGUUAUCAUGAAGCUCCAGCGGCGUUCCACUUACUACGUUCUGAACGUCAUCGUCCCAGCCGUGACCGUGUCCAUGUUGAGCUUAAUCACCUUCGCUGUCCCCGUGGAGAGCGGCGAGAGACUUGCCUACGCGCUGACCAACCUGCUGUCCCUGUCCGUGUACAUCACCUACAUCGGUAGUAUUAUCCCGUCCUCUUCCGUGGACCUGCCCAUAUUACUCCGAUACCUGGUCUCUCUCUUCCUCAUCAGCUCCAUGUGUGUGGUCAUGACGGUUGUCGUCAUCGCCAUGCGCUGGAGCCGGGUGGUCUCCUCCUCGGACAACUACAAGUCCAUCUUCAUCUUCGGGCUCCUGCUGAACAUCCGCAGGAGCGACAAAAGGUUCGGGACGCUCUGUCGCAGAAAGCGCAUCGCAUGUGUGGAGUACAAACUCCCAAUACCGGCGGACGCUCCUGGUUUGAACUCUGUGGAACUACAAAAUCUCUGGGACACUGUGAAUGAAAAGUCGUUGGUCGACACGCCUGCAUUGCUGAAAACUUCAUCAGAGCUUCUUCACGGAACGAAGCCAGUCAACAAGGAAGUGAUCAAAACGAGUCACCACAAAAAAUCUCCGAGUUGUCACGAAGGAAUGCACACAUCCAACGAUGACUGCAUGCCGAAGAGAGGUCACGAGGCUUGUCCAAACUAUGAGUUGCUGGAGGCCGACAUGGAUCCUGAUGUUCUUCGGUUAUGUUCCCGUGUAGAUUUGUUUAGCUUUUUAGUUCUCUUUGCUAUAUUUCUUAUAAUGACAAUAGUAUCAUUUGUACAAUUAAACAGUCAACACUAGACUGAAAUGAGCAUGUGAGCUUUAAUUUGGCUUGUGCUCACCCAGUUAAUUAGUUUUUCUCUCUUCAUUAUUUUAAGUAUCGAACUUCGAUUUAUUUCUAUUACAUAUAACUAUUUUAUUGUUCAAAGUGUUUAUACCUUAGUUAAUGAUACAGUCUAGAUAACACGAACUGAUAAUGAAGACAUUUCCUGUUUCUUUUCUUCUUCUUUCAAACAAUGUGUUUAUAUAAGUCUCUUUUGUUCAUU